GCCCUUGAGCCCACCUGAUUUCCUUUCCCCGUGCAGAGUUUCCAGUUGUCACACCUGAUGAGCUCUCUCACCUGGAAGAAGACAAAGAGCCGUGGGUCCCAGAUCUCUUUCAUUCAGAGGAAAGAGAGAUCCUGAGAGGUACCUGCACAGGUGAUGGGAUGCUGAGGGAGAAGGAAGAGCACCAACCUCAGCAGGAAGAUGCUGAGCAAGACCAACCACACGGGGCAUUAUUGCAAAUAUCUGAGGAGGAUGUGUCCAGGAGUGGUGAGCAGAGAGAAGGAUGUGAGAGUCAGCACAGGCCAGAGAGGAAGCAGGGAAACAAGCCAAGGGAGAAAUUGAAUAAAUCCAUUAAUAGUUGGGGACUUCACAAAUACGUCAAGAAAACCAUAGCCCAGCAGAAAAUCCAGGCAGGAGCGAGAAACAACACAUGCUCUGAGUGUGGGAAAAAUUUCAGUAGUCGCUCAGUUCUUCUUAAACAUCAGAAGAUCCACACAGGAGAGAGACCCUAUGAAUGCCGUGAGUGUCAGAAAAGCUUCACUCACAGAUCAUCCCUUAUUAAACAUCGGAGGAUACACACAGGAGAGAGACCCUAUGCGUGCUGUGAGUGUGGCAAAAACUUCAUUGACAGCUCAGCCCUUAUUAAACAUCAGAAAUUCCAUGCGGGAGAGAGACCCCAUGAAUGCAGUGAGUGCGGGAAAAGCUUCACUCAGAGCUCGGACCUCAUUACGCAUCAGCGAAUCCACACAGGAGAGAGACCCUAUGAAUGCAGUGUGUGUGGGAAAAGCUUCACUCAGAGAGCAUCCCUUAUUAAACAUCAGAGAAUCCACACAGGAGAGAGACCCCAUGAAUGCUGUGAGUGCGGGAAAACCUUCACUCAGAGCUCAGGACUUUUUAGACAUCAGAUCAUCCACACCGGGGCGCGAUCCUAUGCAUGCUCUGUGUGUGGAAAAAGCUUCACUCGGCGCUCAAACCUAAUUGUACAUCAGAGAAUCCACACGGGGGAGAGACCCUAUGGAUGCUGUGAGUGCGGGAAAAAAUUCAUUGACAGCUCAUCGCUUAAGAAGCAUCAGAGAAUCCACACGGGGGACAGGCCUUAUGGAUGCUGUGAGUGCGGGAAAACUUUCACUCGCAGCUCAAAUCUCAUUACACAUCAGCGAACCCACACAGGAGAGAGACCCUACGAAUGCUGUGAGUGCGGGAAAAGCUUCACGGACAGCUCUCUCCUUAUUAAACAUCAGAGGAUCCACACGGGGGAGAGGCCCUAUGAAUGCUGUGAGUGUCAGAAAAGCUUCACAGACAGCUCAGACCUUAUUAAACAUCAGAGAAUCCACACCGGAGAAAAGCCCUAUGAAUGUGGUGAGUGCGGGAAAAGCUUCACUGACAGCUCAGACCUGAUUAAACACCAGCGAAUCCACACCGGAGAGAGACCACAUACAUGCUGUGACUGUGGGAAAAGCUUCACUCAGAGAUCAUGCCUUAUUAAACAUCAGAGAAUCCACACCGGAGAGAGACCACAUACAUGCUGUGACUGUGGGAAAAGCUUCACUCAGAGAUCAUGCCUUAUUAAACAUCAGAGAAUCCACACCGGAGAAAAGCCCUAUGAAUGUGGUGAGUGCGGGAAAAGCUUCACUGACAGCUCAGACCUGAUUAAACACCAGCGAAUCCACACCGGAGAGAGACCACAUACAUGCUGUGACUGUGGGAAAAGCUUCACUCAGAGAUCAUGCCUUAUUAAACAUCAGCGAAUCCACACGGGGGAACGACCCUAUGGAUGCGCUGAGUGUGGAAAAAGCUUCACUUGGCGCUCCAACCUUAUUACACAUCAGAAAAUCCACACAGGGGAGAGACCCUAUGGGUGCCGUGAGUGUGGGAAAAAAUUCAUAGACAACUCAGCACUUUUGAAACAUCAGAGAAUCCACAUGGGAGCCAGACCUUAUGAAUGCAGCGAGUGCGGGAAAAACUUCACUCGGAGCUCCAAUCUUAUUAGACAUCAGAGGCUCCACACCUCAUAGAGACACUCUAGAUGCUCUGAGUGUGGGGAAAAAUGUCUAUCGUUACUUAUCGGGCCAACCGAUUUUUUUCUGCUGCCCUAGCAUGGUUAGGGGUGAAGGGUUUAACCUUGAACUCUUUUUUUUUCUUCUUGUUUUAACUGUUUUUCUUCAAUCCUUUUCAGACUACGACUUUUUUGAAUUGCAUCCACUUUUGCUUUUUUAACCUGGCUUGAGAGCCCAGCUUUGUCUUUUACAUUCCCCGUGAUCUGCGUCGGUUUUAUUUGGAGAUUUUUUUUUAGUAAGGCUGUAACUUUUUUCCCCUUUGCUUUUUAUUGUUUGCUGUUUUAAUUUAGACACUUUUUGCCUCAGCCUGUGACAUUUUUGCUUACUAGGACAUACCUGCUUUUCCUUUGCCAUGAUUUGCGUGGCCUGAGUUACACGGGUGAUGCGGAGGGUAUUUGGAUUUGACUUCAGGCUUAUUUUUUCCUUGACCAGGCUACCAGCCUGAGUCCUGAGUUCCAGUAAUGGAAUGUAUUCAUAAAUCGACUUGCUGACUAUGUCACAGGGAAAUUACAGGUUGCUACCCUACCCUGCAGUUCUUCCCUUUUGCACAGGAAACCAACCAACAAACCAUUUGUGCCAUCAUCCCCUUCUCUCCACCACUCCUGGUUGGCUUGCUAAAUCUGUUACUCACGGGUUUUAGAACCCAAAGCACUGGUAACUCAACUGGUUCUUGUUAGGCUGUGUGAGGAAUAAAUUAAUGGGGACACA